GUGACUGGGCGGAUCGGAGCAGCCGCCGCGGCCCAGUAGCAGCGGAGCCGGGGCCGUCGCGGGGCAGGCGAGACGCGCGGCGGGAGCUCCGCGCCAGCAGCGCCAUGGCCACCAAGGCUCGGGUGAUGUAUGACUUUGCUGCUGAACCUGGAAACAAUGAGCUGACAGUUAACGAAGGGGAGAUCAUCAUAAUUACCAAUCCGGACAUAGGUGGAGGUUGGUUGGAAGGAAAAAACAGCAAAGGAGAGAGAGGACUUGUUCCAACAGAUUAUGUUGAAAUUCUAACUGAAAGUGGAUUUCCUUGUGGCAAUUCAGUAGCCGACCAAGCCUUUUUUGAUUCCCUCUCCUCAAGUACAGCUCAGAUCAACUCAGCUGCUAAAAACAAUAACCAGGUCAACAGUGCCCAUGACCCUUGGUCAAACUGGAAAUCUGGAAAUGCGGACAAUGCAAAUUCUGGUGAUGCCUGGGCAACCAAACCUGAAAGUGCAAUGGGGCAGAAAAACACCACUUCGAACAACUGGGAGGGAGCAGCACAAUUUGGGCACCCUCAGGCCUAUCAAGGCCCAGCGGCUGCUGAUGAUGACGAUUGGGAUGAUGACUGGGAUGAUCCAAAAUCAACGGCACCAUCUUACCUUGGCUAUAAGGAGAGUGAGUCUUCUGAGGCCGGGGGCCCACAGCGUGGAAAUUCUCGUGCAGCUGCCAUGAAAUUACCACUUAACAAAUUCCCUGGAUUUGCAAAACCUGGAAUGGAACAGUAUCUGUUGGCAAAGCAGCUAGUAAAACCCAAAGAGAAAAUUCCCAUAAUUGUUGGAGAUUAUGGUCCUAUGUGGGCUUAUCCUACCUCUACGUUUGACUGUGUGGUGGCAGAUCCCAAAAAAGGUUCCAAAAUGUAUGGCUUGAAGAGCUACAUUGAAUAUCAGCUAACAUGUACUAACACUAAUCGAUCUGUCAACCACAGAUAUAAACACUUUGAUUGGCUAUAUGAGCGUCUCCUGGUUAAAUUUGGAUUUGCUAUUCCAAUCCCAUCUCUUCCUGACAAGCAAGUCACAGGGCGCUUUGAAGAAGAAUUUAUCAAAAUGCGCAUGGAGAGGCUGCAGGGUUGGAUGACCAGGAUGUGUCGUCAUCCGGUUGUUUCAGAAAGUGAAGUUUUUCAGCAGUUCCUCAAUUUCCGGGAUGAGAAGGAAUGGAAAACUGGGAAGAGGAAGGCAGAAAAAGAUGAGAUUGUGGGAGUAAUGAUCUUUUCUACUAUGGAACCCGAAGCGCCUGACUUGGACAUGAUAGAAAUAGAACAGAAAUGUGAUGCAGUAGGCAGAUUCACCAAAUCCAUGGAUGAUGGAGUUAAAGAGUUGUUGACGGUGGGACAAGAACACUGGAAGCGUUGUACUGGACCAUUACCCAAGGAAUAUCAGAAGAUAGGAAAAGCCUUACAGAGUCUGGCACUGGUUUUCAGCACCAGUGGUUACCAAGGAGAAUCUCAUCUCAAUGAAGCAAUAACAGAAGCAGGAAAAACAUACGAAGAAAUUGCCAGUCUCGUGGCAGAACAGCCAAGGAAAGAUCUCCAUUUUCUGAUGGAAACUAAUCAUGAAUACAAGGGAUUUCUUGGUUGCUUCCCUGACAUUAUAGGUGCUCACAAGGGAGCAAUAGAAAAAGUGAAGGAAAGCGAUAAAUUAGUCGCAACCAGUAAAAUAACACCACAGGAUAAACAGAACAUGGUGAAGCGUGUAAGCACCAUGGCUUAUGCAUUACAAGCGGAGAUGAAUCAUUUCCACAGUAACCGGAUUUACGACUACAAUAACGUGAUCCGCCUGUACCUGGAACAGCAGGCACAGUUUUAUGAAACGAUUGCACAAAAGCUGAGGCAGGCACUUGGCCGCUUUCCGGUAAUGUAGAAAUAAACUGGGAUGGAUAAUGAAGAACAACUCCGAAGUGCUUUUCUAAUUUGGGGGCAAUGCGACUAAAAAGUUUUAGUCUUUGUCAUCCAAGACACCAAAAAACACCACACCAAAAGGAAAAAAAUCUGAAUUGCAAAAAAGUUAAAAUAAUUUAAGAUGUUUACUUUUAUCCGCCUUAGUCUUUGCCAUCCAAAAAAAAAAAAAAAAAAAAAAAAUCUGAAUUGCAAAAAGUGACAAUUUGAUGUUUACUUCUUCAGCCUAAAUGCACCAGUUAUUUAGGUAUAUAUUUAUGUUGAACACUCUCCCUCCAUAUCUAUCUUUUAAACAAAAGCUGUCUCUUGCUGGAAAGUGGUUUCAGUUGUAGGGAUUGAAAUUGUCAAACUAUUCUGCGUUGCCAUGGCUUACAAACAGAUUCAUGGUUUGUCAUAAAUUCUUCCAGUUUACUCUUAACUAGUGUCAGAUGACGAGGUAUUUUUUCAUUUAAAAAAAGUGAAUAAGCCAGAAAAAGAUGGUUUUUAUAUUUUUUUAUUUUCCUUAUAUACCAUUCAGCCUUUUGUUGGAAUUCUUUUCAGCAGUUAUAUAAAGUUUGUGUAUGUUUCAGUUGCACACUCAAGAAAAACUCUUAAUUGUUUUGUUUGGUGACCAUUUUGCUCUAUAUGGUUGUGCUUUCCAACCUGUACUUCCAGCACACAGUUUCCUUAAAAUGCUCGCUGGCAAAUUGUUCACUUUUUUCCAUAAUUACUUAAUAUUCCGUUCUUGUGGAACAAAGCUUUAGAGCUUGUGUGUGUGUUGGGCUCUCCCUCCCUUCCUAGCCAUGCACUGUGUAAAGAAGAGACAUUAACCAAGGAAAGAGCCAUUCCAGGAAUCUGGAAAAAUAUUUUCACACCAGCAGUCUGACCACAUUAAAUAUUAUGCAGCCAUGGGCUACCUCUAAUAGGGUUCUCAGUGCUGUGUCCUGGCCAUCAUCCUCCCCUUCUCCCUACAGAAGUCAGAGUAUCUGCAGAGAUGACACUUCCAGUCACUUUUGACCCCAGGUGACAGGAGUUCCCAGAUUACUACCCAACUCAGGUUUUAACAUAGUAGCGCAACAUGCUACUGGCUCCCAUUUAGCUUUAAAAAAAAAAAAUAAUAAUAAUCCACAGCCACUAAAAAAAGGUGUAGGGGGGAGGUGUGGACUUUCUAGUGUAAACUGAAGCGUGACCUCUGAGGUGUUGAAUAAAAUCUAGGAUGUGUGGCAAAUAAGUUAUUAAAAAUAUUAUAGUUGUAAAUGAGGUAUGGUGUUCACAGCACAUGAAUGGCACAGUUAUUGUCUUUAUUAGCGAAGUGCCACUAAAUGACUAGACUUUAGGCAAACUUAUAUAUAGUUACCGUCCAGUAUUUCACUUAAUGCCACAAGCAAGCCAGGAUGCCAAACUGCAGCUUUUGCUAAAAAAUCUUCCCUCAAAUAUAAACAACUUAAGGAAUAAUUUAUUUUACCCACAAAGCCAUGUUAAGUGACGGGUACAUUCUGUUGGUUCUAUUGUUGCCUUACUCUGUGUAUUGCUGUCAUUUUUGUGAAAUAUUUUUACAGUAAAAGAAAUCUGGAUCUGCCUGAAUAACAUGAAGCAAACAAAUCACUAAGCCUGAGUCCAGAUGCUCUUUAAUGGCAUGGGUUUUGUUCAUAUUUUAUAAAUACUUUGUUUUCCCUCAAUUUAAUUUUCUUCCAAAUUCCAUAGAGCCAUUUCAAUAUAUGUACAAAUUGUAAAGAAUGUGUAUAAAUGUUUUACACCAAAUGUAAGAUCUUUCCUGCAUGUAGAAGCAACUUAUACAAUAAAUUGUUACGAUGUGUACAGUAAAUUCUGAAAGCACCUUUUCAAAGAAA